GGGAGGGGAGGGGAGGAAAGGAGCAGCCGCUGGGGCCGCGCUGGGCACCGGGGAAGGUCGCGCCGGGGGCAACACGGCCCCGGGGCUGGAAACACCCCUGGCUGCAAGAUGACGGGAAGAGAGUUUCUGGAGUUAAAUUCUGCACAGCAAAGUCUACGCUUGGAAAGAUUAAAGCAGAUGGAAAUCAUGCUGAAGUUGCUUGAAGGGCUUCCCAAAAAAGAUCAGAACCUUUUUAAUCAUGGAUCAUACUUCCUGGCAGGAAAUUCAAGCAUAUGCGGCUUAACAGCAAAUAAUUUCUUCAGACGCACCCUAAAUAUCACAAAGGCUCCCUUUAUAUCUGCUUUGCCAAUGGCCGUUAUACCAUUUUUAUCAACAGCAGCAGUUUAUGAAGUUUUUUUGCGUCAGCCUUUAUUUUUAGGUGACCUGAACUGUGAGGUCUGUGCUGUGGUCAGAGGAGGAUUAAUAGGCGCUGUUGUGGGUGGUCUCUAUCCUUUUCUUGUGGCUCUUCCUGUGAAUGCAAGCCUUGCAGCCAGGUAUUCUUCAGCUCCCUUGCCAGGGAAAGAGAAUCUAUUACGCUUCUGGCACAGAGCUUCUCAACCUGUCUUUAAAAAGAUGAGUUUUGGUAUACUUAUACAGGCCCUAACUGGAAUUUACCUUGCCACUAAACAUCAUGGAAUAUAUCUCAAAGUGCUGCAGCAGAUAAAACCUAGCAGGGAUCCUGAAGAGCUUGAAGCCUGAAGCUGAACAAUAAAAAAUUCCUAGUUGCCUUGGACAGGUGACCAUAAUAAACAAAGAAAGAAGUUGUU